AUGGCAGCGCGCGUCUCCGGGCGCUUUGCGCCAGCGCCACCACCUUUCGUCGACCUGCCUGCAUUGCACCGGCCCCAAGUCGUGGAUGCUGAAGGCUACGAGCUGUCCGACGAGCAGCUCGCUCAGCUCGCAUCCGCCGUUGCCGACCCUGACGCGCCAUCCGGCAGCGUGCCAAUCGAGGUCGAAGCUCCUGUUGAGGUUGAGGAUGAACCUGAGGACGAGGCGAUGGAGGUUGAUGACGAAGAGGGUGGCGAGGAGCAGGAGCAGGGCGAGCAUGACGCUGAGGAUGGCGAGGGGGGCGAGGAGGGCGUCGAGGAAAGCGCGUCGGCACCGACAUUAGAACUCGACCAGCCAGAGCCUGUUGAGGGCAAGACACCGCUCUUGAGUCUUUCAGACAGUCUCGUCCUGCAAUAUACCUUCCUCCAGACCCGUCACCACCACCUUCACCACCUGCUUCCUCACAUCUUCAGUCAUCCGCCUGUACCAGCACACAACAGGCCGCGACUGCGCCCACCUCCUAAGAACACUUUCAUCUUCCCAACUCCAUCUGCUCCUCAGCAGCCACUGCCAAGCAGAGAGUACCAUGCUCCUCCGAAGAAGGACGACCAGGAGAAGAAGGGCAAAGGCAAGGAGAAGGCCAAGGAGGCCGGCGAAGGUGAUGCCCCUGGGCCUUCUGGUACUCCUGGUGCUGAAGACAAGACUAGAGAGGACGACAAGGAGGGCGCCGACAAGACGGACAAGCUUGAGGCCAAGACCGAAGGCGAAGCUGAGGACAAGGACAAGCCCGCGAAGCGUGUCUACAAACGCAAGGUCAAGGUCCUCGAAGGUGUGCAGCCUCCGGCUCACGAGAUCGAGUGCAUUGCUCGCGUGACGCUCCAAGUAGGCCCCAUGACGUUCCCCAACACCGAGCUGUGGAUUGGCCGCUUCGUUGAGCCACGAUCCGGCAGUGGAGGUACAGUUCGCGGUGGGCGUCCCAAGGAUCCGGCCGAACCCAAACCGCCCAAACCACCCAAGCUGCCCAAACCGCCGAAGCCGCCAAAGGAGAAACGCGUCCGCGCUCCACGUCCAAGUGAUGGGCCAACACCGAAGCGUCAGCGCGCUGAGCGUCCUCCGACCACGCAAACGACCGUGCCAGUGCGCCCGCCGCCAGUGCCGCCGACUGCGCCUGGAACUGCUCAACCCCGCCCUCCGGCGCCAACGCCGUCACAACCUGUACCCACCACCGCGUCUGGCGUUCCCCGCUACGCGUCCAGGAGCGACAUCCCGCAAACUCUCAUCCAGCGCGUCAACGCUGCUGCGAGUCAGUACCCGUGGCUGUCGAUUCUGAUCCACAAGGCUGCACGCAGCGUUGCCAACAAGGACGAGUUGGCCAAGCUGGGUCGUGUUGUCGCGCGUCUCGGACGCGGUGAGGGUGUGGGCGAGGGCCCUGACCUUCCUGGUUUGCCCAAUGGUCCUACUACAGCAGGUCUCAUGGGUCCGAUUCCUGGCGUUCGGCCACCAGCUCCAGCUGCUGGGCCUUCCGCAGGUCCAUCUACUGUGCGGCCACCCGUGGCUGGUCCAUCCACUGUCCCUGUUGGUCCACCACGCCCACCAGUGACCGGCCCCGCAGCUGCUGCUCCUGCCACAGCUCGUCCUCCUGUGCGUCCUCCUGGGUCUGUGCGUCCUCCUGCUCCUGUGCGUCCUCCUGCUCCUGCGACGACGACUCCCACCGCUACCGGAACACCUGUCCGCCCACCUGCUCCUGCGGCUGUGGCGACCACGACCCCAGCUCGGCCACCAGUUCAGCCCACCCAAACCACUGUUCGUCCCCCAGCACCAGCUCCGGUGGCUAGUGCCGGUCCUGCUGCCCCUGCUGCCCCUGCUGCCCCACCUGCCACAACCACUCCCACCACAGUCCCAGCUGCUGCUACGACGGCAUCAUCCCCCACAGCAGUGCCGGCUCCUUCGGCUCCGGCACCCACACCUGUGGCGGCACCUCCUGCAGAGGCCGUGGAAUCGGACCUCUCUGAACUGUCUGACUCUGACGACGACGUCGACAUGACGGGUCGGCCCCAAGUUGGAGGUGGACCGAUCCCAGACGAGCCAGGAAACAAUGUGGAGGACGGCGUCGAGGAUAACGUCGAGGUCAAGGACAAGGAAGACGUUGAGGACAAGGGCAAGGCUGAGGACAAGCCUGGGACUGCUACACCCAUAACUGCGCCUGCUCCGCCCACGAGUACCGUCACAGAGCAGGAGCCUGUUCCUCUGGUGCCAACUUCUGUCCCAGCUCCUGCUGCUCCUACUGAGAGCAGCGCACCAUCAGCGGCGACUCCGGCAGUUGUAACCACUGCAGCUCCUAUUCCAGCUCCAGCGGCGACCGCUCCCAAUCCAGCUCCUGUGUCUUGCACUCCUGCAGCAGCCCCGGUGCCCAUCUCCGGUGCCCCUGUCUCUGCCACCACCACUCCAGUUACACCAGGCGCUCAACGAACACCUGCACAAGUACAGCCUACCGCUGUUGCUAGGAGUGCCGCGCCGGCGCCCAGCCAGGCUCCUCCCGUUUCUGCUACGCCCACUCCGGUCACACCAGGUGUCCAAGCACCUGCACCAACUCAACCCACUGCUGUUUCUGGUGGUGCCAUCCGUCCACCAGUCCCGACGCCUGUAGCCACCGGAGCUGUUCGUCCUCCAGGAGCCCCUGCCUCUGUUGGAGCCCAGCCUAUGGCUUCCCCGGCUCCGCCGCCAGGGCUUCCUGCUGGUCACUCCCAUCCAACAGCCACAGCGUCUGCCGCUACACCCGCCCGCCCGUUCAGUGCACCCAUUAUGGUCCCUGUAACACCCCCACGUCCUACCUACCCUCUGCCUCCUGCCUUCCUUCUUGUGGCAUUCAAAGAAGCGCCGACAGAGAAGUUCCUGCUUCCUCUCGGCGCCAACUCGUACGUUUCACGCAUUGGUGGCGACUACGUUACAAGCCCGAGGCCACCUCCUACCCCGCCACUAGCCGUUGUUGCACCCCCUCCCCCACCACCACCCGUGGAGGUCAAGGAGGAGCCGGUCGUCACGGGAAAGAGGACUACUCGUGGCGCCAUUGCAAAGGCUGCUCCCCCACCCGAGCCAGAACCCAAGCCUGUGCCCAAGGAGCCUACCCCGCCGCCGCCUCCUCCACCAAAGAAGGACCCGUUCGAGGGCCUUCCUGUUGUGCCAGGUAUGAACCCUGCGGCGGGUACCGUUCUUCUUUCCACCUUCCUACCGACAACAGCCUAUGAAAAGCCCCAAUGGGAAGCCCUCACCAAGCGCUUGCCCUUUGACAACCCCGACUUUGCUGCCAAACUCACAGCCCCACCGGUCAAGUCCGAGCCAGAGACUUCUCCAUCCAAGGGCGGCAAGGGAGGUGCCCCUCUCUCGCCCAAACGUUCACUGCGCCAACAGCUCCGCCACGAGCACGAGCACGACCCUGCGCAGCUCCCUCCGCGGGAGGGCCUGCUCAACCUGGCUGCCGAGCCGUUCCUCCCCGCUGAGGGAUCUCUGGAGCCCAUCACGAUCCGUAUUGUGGGACUCAACGACGGUCUUUGGCGUCGCGUCAAGUUUGUGAUUGACGAGGUGGAAAGGGUGGAGCUUGAAUCGCUUGCCAAAGCAGAGCCAGAGCUGAGCCCGCCGCCCGCUAUACCUGCCCCUACAGCUGUGGCUGCUCCUUCCCCGUCGGUUCCAGUUGCGGCCGUGAAUGUCGCCGCUACAUCAUCUUUGACCGCACCUGUUGGCCCGGCCACGGGCACUCCUGCUGCGGAGAUUGGAGGUGCCCCUGCUGUCACCGUAAACCCCCCUGGUGGUGCUGCCCCCCCAUCUGCAGCCGCCCCCCAGGCGUUGCCUGCACCCGCACCCCCAACCUCUGGCACGCCAGCUCCUGCGAUCCCGGCCACUCCUGCCACAGCGAACCCCACGGUCGCCACACCAGCACCUGCUAUUCAAGCAUCUGCUACCCAAGCGCCUGCUGCCGCAGCGCCUGCAACCCCAGCACCUGCAGCGAUAGCAGCCGCUACCCCAGCACCCGCUACCCCAGCACCCGCUACCGCAGCACCCGCUACCGAAGCACCCGCUACCCCAGCACCCGCUAUCCCAGCACUCGCUACCCCAGCACCCGCUAUUCCAGCAUCCGCUACCCCAGCACCGGCUACCCCAGUGCCCGCUACCCCAGCACCCGCUACCCCAGCACCCAUCGUUCCUCCAGUUCUUGCGCCCAAGGUUCGCGAGACAUGGGUCGAUCGCAAAAAGGCUCGCUUUCAAGCACUUCUCUCGCGCGUCGGCGAGCGCCUCUUCCCCCGCCUCCGUGUCGAGGGCCCAGCCAACCCGAUCCUCGUAGAGGCUACUUCCGACAAGUGGGCUCCUCGCCCAUACCACAUGACCACGCGGCCGCUGUACGCCCGCAUGUCACCAGAAGCUGAAGGUGGCGAGGAGGGCGAGGGCACCUAUUCGCGUCAACUCACACCACCGCCCGACUUCGACAAGCACUUGCGCAAGGGCAAAAAGGCCGAGGAGCCCACCGUCACGUUCGAGAUGCCCGUGUCGCUCGACGCCCUCGAUGAGCGUGUCGAGGCUGGUGCGGCGCGCAGUUUUGGUCGUGGACGCGGACGCGGUGGGCGUGGCGGACGCGGUGGCAGCAUUAUCCGCAAGAACAGGCGCGGCACGGCCGGCGCUAUCUGCGAAGGAUGCGCCAAGCCCGGUCUCAAGGUCUGGCGCCGUGGUCCGAACGGACGGAGUACGCUGUGUAACGCGUGCGGCGACAAGUUCCUUGCCGGUACACUGGGUGAGCUCCUCGCCCCUGGGGCAGCCAGCAAGGGUACGCCUGCAGACGACGAGGAUGAGGAUGAGGGCGAUGGGGAUGUGGACGUCAAGAUGGAGCCCGAGGAGACGUCGGGCAAGGACAAGGAGAAGCAGGGAGACGAGGACAAGGACGGAGCCAACACGGGCGAAGGUGCCAAUGACAAGGAGGGCAGCAAGGAGGUUGACGAGGUUGCCAUGGCCAACGAGGAAGUUGCUACGGACGCCUCACCUGUCGCUGUGGCCUCGCCCAAGACCGCCGAGACUCCAGCUGCCACCGACAAGACCCCAGUUGCUGUUGCCACCUCUCCACCAAGUGCGACUACCAAUCUCGCCGCCGAAGACGCCAAAGCGGACACGGACGACAAGAUGGACGUCGACCCUUAG